AUGAGCUUCGCUGAGUUCCUGAAUUCUAUAAUCCAGAAACUGGGGUUGCAAGGCGUGAAACGGGUUGAGAAGUUAUUCAAUUGCAUUUCGAUUUCAGUUUUGCGAGAAGAUGCGAAAUACGAUUCGUUUGUCAUAGGGAAUGAUGAGGAUUUGGAGGUUCUGUUCCAUUGUCGUCGGCAGUUUCCCGAUGUCAGGACACCUGAGCUGUUGGCCAAACUUGUAGAUGUGGUCUCUAGCUCAGAUGGUUCGAACCGGAAUCCCCAAACUCCAGAAACAGCAAUCUGUUCUAGUUUGAGUGGUGAUGAAGAAGUUGGUAUUAUUGAUACGGCGUCGGUUUCUUUACAUGGUGGGACACCGGAUGGUAUAAACCAUGUAUUGCCGGAUGAUGAUGACGCUGAUGAUGUGGAUCUGAACAUCGUUGCCAAUGAUAGCGGUGAUGACAUAGCAGCAAACAAGGAGGGGAUUCCUGGCGAACCUGUUGGAUUUAGUGCUAGAGAUACACAGGGUACCAGAGGUCUAUCAGAAUUUCAGGUUGGUCAGCAGUUUCAGGACAAAGAGGAGGCCGUGUUAAGCGUGAAGACCUAUAGCAUCCGAUGCGGGGUACAGUACAAAGUGGUAGAGUCCAAUUAUCGCAAGUACAUUGGAAAGUGUAAGGAAUUUGGCAACGGGUGCACAUGGUUAAUUAGGAUCAAUCUUAGCCAUCGUAAAGGUAUUUGGGAGGUAAAACGAUACAAUGGACCUUAUACUUGUCUGGCCACGUCGAUCUCAAGCGAUCACAGGAUUCUUGAUUAUCAUGUGAUAUCGGCCUUCAUACUGACAAUGGUUAGAGCUGAUGUAGCCGUGUGUAUCAAGGUACUACUCAAUACGACAGAGGCACAUUUCGGGUUUAGACCGACUUAUAGGAGGGUUUGGUUGGCUAAGCAGAAGACCGUAGCACAUAUUUACGGAGAUUGGGAUGAGUUAUACAAUGAGUUGCUGCAAUGGGUCCUAGGUGUGCAGAUGAAGAUGCCUGGUAAUGUUGCAGUGUUGAGAACGAAUCCUGUGGGUACGUUGCUAGUUGUAAUUGCACAAGACAGGAACUCCAACAUCCUACCUAUUGCAUUUGCACUUGUGGAGGGUGAGAAUGCUGAGUCGUGGUCUUUUUUCCUAUCCCACAUCCGCCAGCACGUGACACCACAGUCGGGUAUUCUGGUGAUAUCAGAUCGGCACAAUGGUAUCAAGGCGACACAUGAAUCUCCCGACGGAGGUUGGCUACCACCUGCUUCAUACCGUACAAUCUGUAUUCGACAUGCUGCAUACCGUGCAUUGUAUACCUCUUAA